AAAUAGGAAUAAUCGAAUUUUUGUGUUUUAGUUGUGUUUUUUUUUUGGUCUAGUGUAAAUGCAUUUAAGAUACUGUUUUCAAAACGGCUUAUAAAGGAAAGCAGAUUCUUCAAUUCGUGGCCCAUAACACGCCUACUGCCCAUCAUCAAUUUAGGAAAAGCCAUAAGAACUUGUCACACCCCUACUCCUACCAGCACCACCCCCACCAACAUCAUGCCAGAAAUCCAACAAAACGAUGACCAAUUAAUCUUAAGAAGAAGUCCCCGCCUUGACAGCAAAUAUUCCGAAUAUUCCUAUGGCAUUUGUCCUGCCUAUUGUGAUUGUGAAUUUCCCAAAUCAAGCCUAUAUGCUGGCUAUAGAGGUCCCAUUUCGGAUUUGGUCAAAUGCCGUUGUGGCGAAGAGGAUAUUGGCAAUCAUUCCAUAAAAUGGCAUUGGCAUAAGUGCCCAGAAUCGGAUAUACUACUCGAUGAAAAUAAAGAUUCUUAUGACUGCACAUUCCAUCCCAUCUAUUCACAUGGCACAGCCAUUGUAAGAGGUGAACAGCCAUUGGCUGCAGACAUGAUGCAUUUUUGGGAAAUACGUGUACUGACGCCAUUGUCGGGAACCGAUGUGAUGUUUGGCAUAGGCACGGACAAUGUUGAUCUCACCGAGUACAAAUUCCAUUUCGCUUCGGCUCUGGGUUCAAAUGAUCAAUCUUGGGCUUUCUCCUACGAAGGCAAAAUUCAUCACAAUGGUCAACAGACAACAUAUGGGCAGAAAUUCUCACAAGGCUGUGUAGUGGGUAUCCUAUUAGAUCGUAGUCGAGGACAAUUGGAGUUCUUUCUGAAUCGAAGAUCCCUAGGAGUGGCUUUUACCAAUAUUUGCAAUGAUCCCCAUGUAAAAUUGUAUCCCAUGGUUUGUUCAACGGCAGCCAAAUCAGCCAUACGCCUCAUAAAUGCCAGCUCACAAAUAGAGUGUCUGCAAUUGAGAGCUUUUAGAGCUAUGUCAAAGCAACCCAAGGCCUUGGAGGAAUUGAAAAGAAUGCCUGGAUUAAGAAACAUAUUGAAUAACUAUUGGUUCUUGGCUCCACCAGUGCGAUAUUCGCAACAAAGUCGCAAUUCCCAAUUCGAUAUGCUAGAUGAGGCCGUGUUGUCUAACAAAAGUCGAAGGGGAAGAAAACAAAAGUUAAAUGAUGACGACAUUGACAUGGAUGAUCUCUAUAGGAAUGCUCACAAAAUAGCCUUGCACCAAUAUGGCGAAAGCGAUGAUGAACCUACCCUCAAUGAAUAUUUUGAUGAAUAUUUUCAUUAUCUCUUGUAAACAUGGAAGACCCUCCUGCCAGUAACUGCAAUCAAAAGAAAUAAACUUUGGACUCACGCUUAUUUUGAAAAUGGUAUAUGUCUUCUCUCUAGCAUAUGUUGCUGUGAUUUGUAAAAUACACUUUACACACUUUAGCAUAUCUUCUACCUUAAAAAUAGGGAUAAGUAUUUUAGUUUGAGUUGUGUUCAAUAUUUUGUGUCUUUGAUGAAUUCCUUUCAAAUUUUAGUUUUCUGUAGGAUUUUCGUUUUUUUU